AACCAAUCAAAACGUUCCGUUACAGUCACGUGAUAUUAUAAUUCUUUCAGCGUUAUAUCAUUUGCGAUAACAAAAUUAAGAACUACAGUUUUUGAAACUGUGAAUGUCAUUGAUUUAGCUCUAACAGGAAUGUUUUAAAGGAUUACUAUAUUACGAAGUUGAAAUGACCAUUAGAAGUUAAAGUGGAAGUAUGAAGAGCAACGAUCAAUGUUUUUACCUGUUGAUAUGGACAGUUACAGCAGCUACACUUGUUUUAGGACAACAUACAGUAAAGAACGCAACAUUGAUAGCGUCCGAUACACUUUUCUCGUCACCGGGCUAUGUUGAUUCUCUAGAAUAUGGAUUUAAUACAACACGUGACUUCCGUUUCCAGACAUAUUAUCCUAACCAUACACUACUUUUAACGGUUGUUGAAUUUGUACUGGAAAAAGAAGAUAAAAAUAAAGCAUGUCUGUACGAUAAAGUCACCUUAUAUGACGGUUAUGAUGACACUGCACCUGUUUUGGCAAUAUUGUGUGAUACCAUACCCAGUGGAACCUCAUACUCGACGACAGGUGACACGGUGUAUGUUGUAUUUUAUUCAGACGGUACAAACACAUUUAAAGGUUUUCAAAUGUCAGUAAAGUCUGACGGACCAACUACAACAACGUCUACAACUACAACUUCAACCACGUCGACUACCACACCAGCCACCACUACGGCGCCGCCAACAACAACUGCAGGAGCGACCACUUCAAAUUCACAAAACAACAAUUCCGGAAAAGGUGGUGAUUCUGAAGAUUCAGGAAGUGGUUUCAUGAUUUAUGUGAUUGUCGGGUGUUGUGUGGGCGGGCUUCUCCUGAUUAUUUUAAUCGUUAUUAUCGUAUAUUGUUUGAUGAAAGAUAAAAGGCCGGUUACACCGACACCUGGAUCAGGUGACAACGUGAAACGCGUGCUCUGGAGCAGAUCAAAUACAACAAUAGUUCAGCCGCUUGAUGUAACAAAAACCAGGGUUCCACCUGGAGAAGUCGUUCAAACAAAUAUCUUUGACCUUGAGCUUCCGACAGCAGAAGGAAAAGCGAAUCUUCUACCACCGCUGAGUUCGAAGAUGCAGCCCCCACCGAAGGCUAUUUCCUUUGGUGGUAACGUUGAGUUAAGUUAAGAUGCGUGUUGUAAAUGACUUUCCAGGAAAUGAUAAAGACUUUUUUUUCUGUUUUUUAGGAACACCAGUUUGGAUAUAUAUUUUUUUCGGAAAACAAUUGCACAUUGAUAAUAAGGUCUGCGUGGGAAGAUAGGUUAUUUUUUGUGUUUUGCAUCCAUUCUUUUGCUCAUGUUUUGGAUUUUUUGUUUUGCUUUUGUUUUUUGCCCAGUAUUAACACAAUUUCUACAUUUUUAUUCAAACCAAGUUAUCCAAUACUUGUUAUACAUUUUUAUGUAUAUUUUUUCUUAUAGUUUUUUGUCUAUGAUGUUAAAACGGACAUAAUUUUCUUUAUCAUAUUUUAUGCUCACAAC